GAACAUGCCUGGAUUUCUUGCUCCAUUUCGGUCUCAACGAUAUCACUUGCAAGAGUUUCGUGGCCAUCGUUAUGCAGGACCUAAGGAAUUGUUUAACCAUCGACAUUCGUCAUUACGCAACGUCAUAGAAAGAACAUUUGGUGUUUUGAAGAAGCGCUUCCCAAUAUUGCGGUCCAUGCCAAAUUACAAGUCUACACGACAAGGGCCUCUCGUGAUUGCAUGUUGUGUCGUGCACAAUUGGAUCCGUUUGCAUGCAGUUAUGGAUCCAUUAUUUAUGGAAGCUGAUAAUGAAAUGGCCGCAGAAGCAGAAGCAGACGGGCUUCCUGGAGACCAACCUGACUACGUUGACAUGUCACAACAUGGGUUAACGUCCCAAUCGAACGUUAGGGAUGCAAUUGCUACUGCUAUGUGGCAAAAUCAUGUUCACCAUGGGCACUGAAGAUAAUGGUUUUCUUAGUACAUGUGUAGUUAAAUAUGUUGUUCAUGCAAUGUGUAAUAUGCAAAUUUAUGUAUAGUCUACCAAAGACAAUUAAAUAUGUUAUUAAUAUGCAAUG